AUGGUCCAGGCCUGGACCCCCUACAUGAUGUUGUUGUUGUUUCUACUGCGCUGCAUUUCUGGAGGUUCUGGAGCUUAUGUGGAGACAUUGGUUGGGGAGAGAGUGACCCUGGUUGACCCAGAACGAUGCCCGAGUGGGUCUCUGCUUCAACACCAGCUAACACCUCAACACGCACCUCAACAUGUGGCCAUUUUUAGAAAGGGUCAGUGGUCUCCAGCGUCUGGCUAUGAAGAUCGGUUGACUCCAGGGGGCGGCGUAGAGUUUAAACAGGCGAUGAUCAACGACGAAGGAAUCUAUAUACUUAACUGUAGUCCCAUUGCAAAAGUCCUUGAGCUGAAGGUUCUGGUCCCAUAUGAUAUGUGCUGCUCAUUGGGAGGAUCUGUGAAGCUGCCAUGUUACUUCAAAACCAGAGAAGAAGCAAUAAAGAGUGUGCGCUGGAAAAGAGGGUCAGAGCUGGUCAUUGAACACAGAUUUGAGCCCAAGAAGAUACUUUAUGGAGACAGGUUCAGAGGCAGAGUGAAGAUGUCCCAGGAUGCCUAUAACAGAGGAGACCUGUCCCUCACCCUUCAGUCUGUCCACAGUCGAGACCAGGAUCAGAUCAUUCUUCUGUCAGGUCCAGGCCUCUGA